AUGACCGGCUCGUUGAACACCUACACGACUGCGCGAAGAAGGCUGAGAAAAAAAACCAUCAAGAGACGCUUGUCUCUUGAAACCUUUGAGCUGAUACGCCAGCGUGGAGCAACACGAGCCGCAGGGAACCAAGGACUCACGUCCGUGCUCGCAAGGCUUUGCAGAGAGGCGAUAAAGGAAGACAUUAAAGAGAGAAGAGCAGAACUGGCUGAAGCUGCAGAGGCGGGGAAAAGCGUCCGCUAUGCCCGUCGAGACUUCGCCAGUCGCAAGACAAGGAUGACUGCUCUCCGGAACUUGAAGGCAACAACCAUUGCAUCGAGAGGGACCCUUCCGCCAGUACUCAUCAACACCCUGGCGAGGCUCUUUACACGUUACCUGUCGGAAUGCAAGGUUCCUAAACAGUGGAAGACCAGUAAGACCGUGUUUCUGUGUAAAAAGGGAGAUCCACUUGACAUCGGCAACUAUCGCCCAAUCUCCUUACUGUCCGUCAUCUACAAGCUCUUUACAAGAGUGAUCCUUAAUAGGAUUGAACAAGUGUUGGAUGAAGGACAGCCAUGCGAGCAAGCAGGCUUUCGAAAAGGAUUCAGUACGAUUGACCACAUUCACACUGUUUCGAAACUCAUCGAGGUAUCACGAGAGCAGAAGAUGUCGUACUGUCUCAUCUUUAUCGACUUGAAGAAGGCCUCUGACUCAAUUGAGACGGAAGCGGUUGUGGAAGCCUUGGACAACCAAGGCGUCCCUACUCAGUACAUAAAGGUACUUCGAGAGUUGCACAGUAACUUCACGGCCGGAAUCUCGAAAUUCUACAAGAAUAUCAUCAUUGAUGUGAAGAGGGGGGUCCGACAAGGUGAUACAAUCUCACCCAAAAUAUUCACCGCCAUCCUCGUGAACGCAAUGCGAAAGUUGGAAUGGGACGACAUGGGAGUGAAGGUCGGCAGCUACACCAUCUGCGCUUUGCUGAUGACAUCGUACUGA